AUGGGCGAAACCGAGCUCCACAAGCUAUACAGUCCUACGGUGUGGCUUGAAGCUGCCACCCAAAUCUUCUACAGCAUGGGCUUAGGAUUCGGAGGUCUCAUUGCCUUCGGUUCGUAUAAUCCGCUCAAAAACGAUUGUAAAAGAGACGCAAAGUGGUUGGCAUUAUGUAACGUACUCACAUCGCUUUAUACCGCUAUCGUCGUCUUUUGUGUCCUCGGGUAUAUGGGACAUAAUACAAUGAACACAUGCAUCGAAAAGGAUAUGGAAAUUAUGGUAUCCGUAUUCCCCGAAAAUUUCUCUUCUGUAGCUGAUGUACGCAAAAUGUUUACCCAAGAUCAAUAUAUUGAGCUUAUGCAACACAAAUUCACUGGUGAAUUUACCAAAAUGGCAGCGUACUCUCAAAUGUGCAACUAUGCAACCAUCAUAUCUGAGGCUGCUGAAGGUACUGGUCUUGCGUUCGUCGUAUUCACCGAGGCAAUUUUAAAGUUCCCAUUUCCACCAGCCUGGUCUAUACUGUUCUUCCUUAUGCUUCUCUCACUUGGCUUGGGAAGCAUGUUCGGAACCCUUGAGGGAGUCAUCACUUCGUUGAAUGAUUCACACAUGAUUACCGUCACCAAACCAGUACUAACAGCUGUACUUUGUGCCUCAGCUUGUCUCGUUGGACUACUCUUUUCAACCCGAGCCGGACAGUACUGGGUCGCACUGUUUGACUCGUUUGCCGGUUCCUACGCGUUGAUGUGCGUGGCCUUCUUUGAGGUGAUCGCCGUCGUGUAUGUCUACGGAUAUAGACGGUUUUCGCGAGAUAUCGAUUUUAUGACUGGAUCGACUCCUGGCCAAUACUGGCUUAUAACAUGGCGUUUUGUCGCUCCAAUCAUUAUGGCUGUACUCUUCACAUGUAGCGUUGUACAAAGUUUCUCGAAACCUACCACAUAUUAUGCUUACGACAAAGAGACGGCUAAGCAAAAGGAAACCGAAUAUCCCAUAUGGGCGAUGUUUAUCGCUUUGGGUAUGGUCUUGCUGGCAAUCUUGCCCACGUUUAGUGUCUGGUUCUUACGGUACUUCAAGAUCUGGAAACUGGAGGCGGACAUUCCAGCGGCCUCGAAGUGUUUGGGUACAACUCAAAGUACGACGUACAUGUUGAAAAGUGAGCAAAGCUUCAAUCGGAUGACAGAAUCGAAUGUGUCCGUCGCGGAAAUGGAACCGAUCACUACAACCCGUUAG